ACACACACACACACACACACACACACACACACACACACACACAGGGAGACACACACACACACACACACACAGGGAGACACACUGAAAACACCCAGACGGAUGGACGUAGAGAGAGAAGACAGAGAGGAGGAAUAAACGAGGUCAUCGUCAUGGACACCGUCAGGACUCGUCUGACUCAGUCUCCUUCAGUGGGCGGGGCCGAGGAUGAGGAGGUAGGAGGAGCUCAGAGGGUGGAGAUGAGGUUUGUGACACGAGAGGAGGAGGAGGCGGGGCAGGGCAGUGACAUCACAGCACUGGUGCUGCCUUAUCGCCACGGUUACCGCAAAGCCAGCGUGUUCCUGUGUGUGUGUGUGGUUGUCGUCUUUGUCAUCGCAUUUCUAUUGGCCUACGCAGUGUUUGGUGCGCGGCUCCAUUGCUCCCAGGUGAAGGGGCUGGGGGAGGAGGAUGAGGAGCGUGGGGGCGGGGCUAAACCACCUGCAGAGGGAGGGGCGGGGCUUUAUCUGGGAGAGCUGAGGGUGAUGAUGAGGAGGCUGCUGCAGGAUGAAGACAUCCACGACACUGUCAGUCGAGUCAGCAGAGCCAAUCAUCCUCCAGGUUCCUCAGAGGCGUCUCUGGCCUCAGAGAUCCUGCGCCGCUUCAAACUGCUGCAGAUGGAUCACACCUGGACCGAGUCUCUGUACGCCACGCUGCAGUUCCCCCACAGGUCUCAGAGGAGCUCUCUGUCGCUGGUGGACUCUACAGGACUGAUCUCAGAACAGAUCUCUCUGAACCCAUCUGACUUCUGUCCAUACAGCGCCACAGGAAGUGCCACGGGGGGCGUGGUCUAUGCUAACUACGGCCGCCCGGAGGAUUUUAAUUGGCUGAAGAGUGCGGGUGUAUCUGUGGUUGGCUGUGUGGUGGUGAUGCGUGUUGGAGGCGGGGUCAGUUUUGCUGAGAAGGUGUGGUUGGCUGAGAAGAGCGGGGCAAGUGGAGCUUUGAUCUACCCCGACCCAGCUGACCUGCCGCAGGACCCCCGACGCCUCGGCCUGAACGCACACACCGCCGUAUCCGAACAUGUCCACCUGGGGUCAGGUGACCCCUUCACCCCUGGCUUCCCGUCCUUCAAUCAUACUCAGUUCCCGUCCAUCCAGUCCUCCGGCCUGCCGCUCAUCCCAGCCCUGCCAAUCAGUGCCACAGUAGCUGCCAAGCUGCUCAGCCAGCUGUCAGGUCCAUCCUGUCCUUCGUCAUGGCGGAGUCGACUGCCAUAUGUGCGCUGUGUGGUCGGUCCAGAGUUCAGCUCCGGACGCAGAGUCAAGAUGUCGGUCCACAACGUCAUGACACCAGUCCUGCUAAACAACAUCUUCUCAUCUCUGGAGGGCCGAGACGAGCCAGACCAGUACAUCAUACUGGGAGCUCAGAGGGACUCACUGGGUCCAGGAGCUGCGAAGUCUGGAGUUGGAACAGCGAUCCUUCUGGAGCUGGCUCGGACCUUCUCUGCCAUGGUGAAGAAUGGUUUCAGCCCCAGGCGCAGUUUGCUGUUUGUCAGCUGGGAUGGUGGAGAUUUUGGGAACGUUGGAGCAACUGAAUGGCUGGAGGGUUACCUGUCCAUGCUGCACCUGAAGGCUGUGGCCUACUUCAGUCUGGAUCAGGCUGUCAUGGGUGAUGAUGUCCUGUCAGCGUACUCCAGUCCUCUGCUAGUCGACCUGCUGGAUGCUGCCAUCAGACAGGUGGAGCAUCCGAGACAUGCAGGUCAGACCAUCUUCAGUCAGGCGGAGAGGGAGGGGGGCAGCUGGAGGAUAAUGAAGCCACUAUACCUGAACAGUGGAGCGUACAGCUUCACAGCGUUUGCAGGAGUUCCGGCUAUGGAGCUCAGAUUCACUGAGGAGCGAGUGUACCCAUUCGUCAACACGCCAUUGGACACCACCUCUCGCCUACAGGAGGUGCUGGGGGGUCGUCUGGGGGUCACAGGACGGAGCUUAGGGGAGCUGGUUGGGGAGAUGGUGCUGCGAUUGGCCCACGACCACAUCCUGCCGCUACGCAUCGAUUCCUACGCUCAGGCAGUGCUGCAGUUCAGCGCUCAGCUGAACAAACACUCUGCUGAGCUGCAGUCCAGAGGUUUGUCUCCUCAGUGGGUUUUCAGUGCAAGAGGAGAUUACAGCCGAGCAGCCGAGACACUGCAGAGAGCCAUCGACAACAGCGACCUACACGACCCGACCACGGCUCGCUUCUACAACACUCGCAUCAUGAGGGUGGAAUACUACUUCCUGUCUCAGUACGUAUCAGUGGUGGAGACGCCAUUUCGUCACGUGAUCCACGGCCGUGGCGACCACACUCUGAGCGCUCUCGCUGAGCACCUGGCCCUGCUAAUGUCUGAUCCCGAACGCUUUGACGAGAAACGCUUCAGACGGCAGCUCGCCUUCUUUACCUGGACGCUGCAGGGAGCCGCCAACGCCCUGACCGGGGACGUGUGGAGCAUACACAACACAUACACAUUCACACACUGAGACACGCAACACACACACACACAUAUACAAACUGUUAUGUAGUUCAUUAACAUGAUAGAUGAUUUAUUUAACUAAUUUAUUACUUAAUUAAAAAGAAAAUAUAUCCUGUAGAAACUUUCUGUGUAAGAGAUGCUCGAGAUACAUGUAGCAUGAAUAUAUACAGUACAGGUAUGAAAUAAAAUAAAAAAUGAUAAUAACUUGAAAUAUAUUGAGAUGUAAAUUAGAAGCAAUGGUGCAGAUUAAUAUUUGAUGUUAUAAAUUCUAAGAUGUGAUAAAAAGUGAAAAUAUAAAAAAAAAUACACUAAAUAAUAAACAUCAUUCUUUCUUUAUUUAAGACAAUUAACAGAUUUAUAUAAAAAAAUAUUACUGAUGUAUUUAUUAUUAAAGUAUUUUCUGUCUUUGA